UCUAGUCUAAACACUAACGUGUGUUCGACUGUGAGGAUAGUUGAAAAUGUGUGUAAUUAAAAUAAGUCGAAACGAAAAGAGCCUUUUUUAGAAUUUCUUUUUUCAAUAUAAGUGUUAAGAAAUAUAUUUUUUUAUAGCGUUAUAAAAUUUAUAACGCUAAUAAGCGGGUUUCAGUUAUACCGGUGCUGAAACACUUGUGCUACCACGGACUUUAAAUAAUAUUAUAACUGGAACAUUUAUUCUGCGUGUGAUGGGAGAUAGAGAUUGGAGACCGUUUGUUUACGGCGGCCUGGCCUCAAUUGUUGCCGAAUUUGGCACUUUCCCCAUCGACACGACAAAGACUCGUCUUCAAAUCCAAGGACAAAAGAGUGACCCGCGGCAUGUGGAACUGCGGUACACUGGUAUGGUUGACUGCUUUGUGAAGACUUCACAGCAGGAGGGAGUCAAGGCAUUGUACUGCGGCAUCUGGCCAGCGGUGCUCCGGCAGGCGACAUACGGCACCAUCAAGUUUGGCACUUACUACUCCUGAAGAAGUGGCGGGGGAGGGGGCGAGAGUGUCACCACUGACACGCUGUGUGCCGCGCUCGCCGGCGGACUGUCUAGUGCGAUCGCCAACCCUACAGAUGUACUCAAAGUACGGAUGCAAGUGGGCGAUGAGAAGCGUCACCUGGUGCGAUGUUUCAUGGAGAUGUACCGCGUGGAGGGAGUGCGGGGGUUGUGGCGCGGCGUGGGGCCGACCUCUCAGCGCGCGGCUCUCAUAGCGGCGGUGGAGCUGCCCGUGUACGACGGAUGUAAGAGACGCCUCACGCCCACACUGGGAGACUCGCCCGUCAACCACCUCGCCUCCAGCGCGCUCGCCAGCCUCGGCAGCGCCGUCGCCAGCACACCGCUGGACGUCAUAAGGACGCGGCUCAUGAAUCAACGGAAAGUGAAAAAUGACAGUUCAUACUCCCAAGUGAAGAUCUACAAGGGCACCGUUGACUGCUUGGUCCAGACCAUUCGUAACGAAGGCUUCCUCGCGCUGUACAAAGGCUUCGUGCCCACCUGGCUCAGGAUGGGGCCCUGGAACAUCAUCUUCUUCGUGACGUACGAACAGCUCAAGAUCAUGUACUGAACACGACACCUCCGAGACUGGUUCGGGAGGAGGGAGGAGGAGGAGGAGGAGGAGGGGAGGAAGGUCGGCUGCACGCAGGAGUAUGGCUCGCUAGGAGAAUCGUAGAUUUAAGAGCAGCUUCAAUGUAUACGUCUAGUCGAUAGUCGCCGAGUACAAACUGCUGCGCCGCGUGUCGCCUUCCUCGCGCUGCGGUCAAGUGUCAAUAUACUAAUUAUAUUGGUUCGCAUUUUGAUGUCUGAAAUGUUGUUUGUAAAUUCAUACAAUGCGUAUUUUAAGUUAAGCUUUGAUUACUGCGUAAGCACCUGUAUAUACAUUAGAAGGAAUAUCACAUGUUGUGAACACACUGUAUAUUGUGUCUGAGAAACAUUAUAAACGAGUAGUGCUGGUCGCGUGAAACGAGUGUGCUUUAUAAUAUACUACUGAAGUAAAACUUCUUUAGCUGUACAUAUUAUAUUAAUUUAUUGUAUUUUUAAUUAUAAGAGAAAUGAAAUGUGUUCCCACCCUUCUCUCUCUAUCGCUCUUACAAGAAGUAUCUAUCUCUUUCUCUCUCAGUUUUCGUUCCGGCCGUCAGUCACUUCCCAGUGAGUGUAAAGAAGUUUUACUUCCACAAGGACGCUUUGUGGGUUGUUUAAAAAAUCUCACAAAUAGUAUGUAAGUGUAAGUGACAUAUCACUAUGAGAUUAACGCACCGAGUGCAUCGACCUCUUGUUUUUGUUUAGUUGUUACCGACAUGCGUUAGACGCCCCCACACAACACGAACCAAAGUAUAUAUUAUGUAAGUUACUGAAUUAACGAUCUUGUGUUAUUGUAGUAAGGUUCUAUUUCAUUUGAUGGAUAUUUCAAUGACAAGCUACAUCCAGGGUUGCCAGCGAAUCACUAAUUAUUGCCAACGUCCAUAAGUGCGAGUGUUGCCGAUAGUUCAGUGUUCCAUUCACAAAUACUCAAAUAUAUUCGUUUAUCUGACCAUUUGUGAAUUAAUGCGAUAGAACCGGUGCUAUUUGUACUGUAAAUAUUAAAGUAAAAGUUUUUAUGCCUAAAAACAACUUAGCCCGUUCCAUACACACUGAAAUGUUACCUGUAUGUGAAGCUUCUAGAUGUCUUAUUGUUGCCAGUCGAAGUAAUCUUGAAACGGUCUCGACGUAGCGACCUCGGCCCAUAGGGAACGUGCUACUGGAGUAUUGCUUUGUGCCAAAUGAUUACAGAGCACGCGUUUGUAGUCUUAAUUAAUGUUCCUGAUCGUAGAUGACUUCCGCUGCGGUGCAUUUAUUGAUAGAAUUCAUAUGUUUGUUGUUUAAGUGACCGGAAUGUUGUGCUACAACACACUGAGUGCUCGCGUGGGACUGAGAUAACAAAUACAAAUUAAUAAAUAUAUUAUUUGGUGUUACA